AUGGCAGACCCUAAGCCCGACCGCCAGCUUCAUCUAACGGCAUUUAUGCGGCCGGUGUCCUUACACACCGGUGCCUGGCGCUAUCCUGGCUCGUAUCCCGAUGCCAACUUCAAUUUCAAACAUAUCGCCGCCUUUGCACAGAAGCUAGAAGCAGCCAAGUUCGACGCCUUUUUCAUGGCGGAUCAUCUGGCUGUUUUGAACAUGCCCGUUGAGGCCCUCAAGCGUAGCCAUACAGUGACAUCCUUUGAGCCAUUUACUCUGCUCUCUGCUCUUUCGUCAGUGACAGAGAAGAUUGGUCUCGCUGCCACUGCGAGUACAACCUAUGACGAGCCGUACCAUGUUGCCAGGCGGUUUGCCAGUCUCGACCAUUUAAGCGAGGGCCGAGCAGCCUGGAACAUCGUGACAACCGGUAACCCCGAGUCGAGCCAUAAUUUCGGAUUCGAUGAGCAUAUGGCCCAUAGCGAUAGGUAUAAGCGGGCGCGAGAAUUUUACGAUGUGGUGACGGGGUUGUGGGAUAGUUUCGCCGACGACGCUUUUGUUCGGAAUGUGGAGACUGGGGAAUAUUUCGACCCGGAGAAGUUGCACACGCUUAAUCAUGCUGGUGAUGAGUUUAAAGUGCGUGGACCACUGAAUAUUGCUCGGCCUCCGCAGGGGUGGCCUGUGAUUGUCCAAGCGGGACAAAGUGAACCAGGUCGACAGUUGGCAGCGGAGACGGCCGAGGUCGUUUUCUGUAGUCCGAAGGACCUUGAGGGAGCAAAGGCACUCUAUGCAGAUAUUAAAGGACGAGUGGAGAAGGCUGGUCGCAAGAGAGAUAGCUUGAAGCUCCUCCCCGCUGCUUUGAUCAUUGUUGGAGAGAAUAAGCAGGAUGCAUGGGAGAAGAGACUGAAGUUGGAUAGCCUGGUCCAUUAUGACAGUGCAAUCGCAUCAUUGUCUAUUGUCCUGGGGGUAGAUGUCAGCAAGUUCGACCCUGAUGGACCUUUACCAACAGACCUACCGGAGACAAAUGCGAGCAAGACAGCGCGAGAGUCUGUCGAGAAAGUUGCCAAGACGGAGGGAUUAACCAUCCGCCAGCUUGCUCAACGUCAAGGAGGGUAUUCCGGCCUGGCCUUCCUUGGGUCUCCCAGUGAAAUUGCGGAUGAGCUCGAGACUUGGCUGCGCGAAGAGGCCUCAGAUGGAUUCACUUGCGUGUUUCCUUUCCUGCCGCAAGGCUUGGACGAGGUAACCGAGAAAUUGAUUCCAGAACUGCAGCGUCGGGGCUUGUUCCGCAAUGACUAUACUGGUUCGACACUGCGUGAUCACUUUGGCCUAGCAAGGCCUGAGAAUAAGUUUUUUAGCCAAGCAUAA